GGGCUUAAUGAACAUGGCGGAUGACGCUGCAGAAGCUCCGGCGGCUCUGGAUGUAAACACUUCUGGAAACGCGACAGACUCCGCUAUCGCGUAUUUACAAGACGAGGUGACUUUUAAAAGUCUUUUCACGCGAAGCCUGACGCAGACAUGACUCACCUGAACCUUGGAGAACUGGACCUCACCACUGAUGAGUACAUCCUCGAUGAAGUGGACAUUCACAUUCAGGCCAACCUGGAGGACGACCUGGUGAAGGAGGCGCUGAAGACGGGUGUUGACCUGCGACAGUACUCCAAACAGGUGGAGGUGGAGCUGCAGAGGAUCGAGCAGGUGUCCAUCAGAGACUACAUCAAAGAGAGUCAGAACAUCGCUCUCCUGCACAACCAGAUCACCGCCUGUGACGCCAUACUGGAGCGUAUGGAGGGCAUGCUGAGCGGCUUCCAGAGCGACCUGUCGUCCAUCAGCAGUGAGAUCCAGACGCUGCAGCAGCAGUCCGUCAGCAUGAACGUGCGUCUGAAGAACCGUCAGGCCAUACGCAGCCACCUCAGCCAGCUGGUGGACGAGCUGGUGGUUCCUGGAGCCAUGAUCUCCACCAUCCUGGAGAGUCCGGUGACGGAGCAGGACUUCCUGGAGCAGCUUCACGAGCUCAACAACAAGAUCAACUUUGCCAAAGAGCUGAGCUUCAGAGAGACGCUCGCCUGCUCCGACAUCCAGGACAUUGUCGACCGCCUCAAAAUCAAGGCUGUGUCGAAGAUCAGAGAGUUCAUCCUGCAGAAGAUCUACUCUUUCAGGAAGCCGAUGACCAACUACCAGAUCCCUCAGAACACUCUGCUCAAAUACAGGUUUUUUUACCAGUUCCUCUUGGCCAAUGAGAGGGCGGUUGCCAAGGAGAUCCGAGAUGAGUACGUGGACACGAUGAGCAAGAUUUACUACAGUUACUUCAAGUCAUACAGCAGCAGGCUGCUCAAAGUGCAGUACGAGGAGGUGGCGGACAAAGACGACCUGAUGGGAGUGGAAGACACGGCCAAGAAAGGUUUCUUCUCUAAACCUUCUCUGAAGAGCAGGAACACCAUCUUCACCCUGGGACAGCGAGGAGCUGUCCUGAGUCCAAGUGAACUGGAGGGGCCAAUACUGGUCCCACACACUGUCCAGAGAGGAGACAGCAGAUAUCCUUAUGAGACGCUGUUUCGCAGUCAGCACUACGCACUGCUGGACAAUGGCUGCAGAGAGUUCCUCUUCCUGUGCGACUUCUUCAUGGCUGCAGGAAACUCCGCCCUCGACCUCUUCAACAGCAUCAUGGGCAAAACGCUCAGCAUGUUUCUGAAAAGUAUGUCCACGUACGUCUCUGACUGCUACGACAGCAUCGCCGUGUUCCUGUGUAUCCACAUCAUCCUGAGGUUCAGAGCCAUCACCGCCAAGAGGAACAUCCCCGCCCUCGACAAGUACUGGGACGCUGUGCUGGAGCUGCUGUGGCCGAGGUUUGAGUUGAUCCUGGAGAUGAACAUCCACAGCAUCAGAAACACAGACCCUCAGAGACUGGGAGUACUGGACACCAGACCACACUAUAUCACUCGUCGUUACGCAGAGUUCUCGUCAGCCAUCGUCAGCAUCAACCAGACGUUUCCCAACGAGAGAACCAACGCUCUGCUGGGACAACUGCAGGUGGAAGUGGAGAACUUUGUCCUGAAGAUGGCAGCAGAGUUUCCCUCCAGACGAGAUCAGCUCAUCUUCCUCAUUAAUAAUUAUGAUAUGAUGCUGGGUGUCCUCAUGGAGAGGGCAGCAGACGACAGUAAAGAGGUUGAAGGUUUCCAGCAGCUUCUUCUGGCCAGAACACAGGAGUUUAUCGAGGAGAUUUUGUCUCCGCCCUUUGGCGGGAUGAUUGCUUUCGUGAAGGAGGCCGAGGCACUGAUGGAGAAAGGUCAACUCGACCGACUGAAGAACGAUGAAGCUCGGGUGACUCAGCUGGUCCGAGGGUUUUCAUCUUCAUGGAAACAGUCGGUGGAAUCGAUGAGUCAGGACGUCAUGAGGUCCUUCACCAACUUCAAGAAUGGCACCAGUAUCAUACAGGGCGCCCUCACUCAGCUCAUCCAGUAUUACCACGGCUUCCACAAGGUCCUGAACCAGCCGACGUUCCGCAGCCUGGCCGUCCGCUCCGAGCUCAUCAACCUGCACCACCUGAUGGUCGAGGUCAAGAAGCACAAACCCAACUUCUAACUUCUAACAUUUUCACCUGCUUUCACCUGCUGCUGCCGCUGUAAAACAUCACCGUUGCUAUGGUUACGCCUGUUUUUCCCCAAACUACAGAGACUUCAGAGAGCCAGCUGCUUCCUGUGUGCACCUGAGCGGCCAUGUGACUGUCUGUUUCCAGGUGAAACUUUAUUUGUGAACAUGUGACCAAAAAAACGUGUGACGAAAGUAUUUAAAUCUGUUUAAUAAAGACAACGAAAUGUG